AUGACCAACGUUAUCAAAGUCGCUUCUUGUAUCUCAGUUUCUUUUGCAUUAUUGCUGUUAGUUGAUGGUGCGAAAGGUCAACUUGCUGGUUGUCAAGGAGUAAUCAAUGUACAAGAUCAAUCGGACAUUUCUCAAUUAGGCGGGUGUACUUCAUUCACUGGAACAAUCGCCAUUACCGGAACCAACCUUCGAAGCCUUUCAAUUCCUAAGAUACAAACACUCCACGGAACCUUCACCGUACAAAACAAUCUAUCUCUCGUCAGUCUCUCGUUACCCGACUUGAAAUCUGCCAGCAACUUGGUUUUCGCACAAAACAAAGCGCUAUCAGCAAUCGAUGUGCCAGGAUUGAAAACCGUCACCACGUUCAAUGUUAAUUCGGCACCGAGCUUACGGGUGUUGUCGUUUCCGGCUGGAUUAAAUUCCAUCGAGAAUUUUGAGCUGUCGGAUACCGCGAUUGGGUUGAUGAAGGGAAUCGAUGCGUCACGUGUAGGUAGUUUGUUGUUAUCGCGAAAUGAGAAUUUAAAGAGUUUGACGUUGCCGAAUCUUUUGUCUGCCGAAUCAUUAGAAAUGAUCGGAAAUGGUAGAGGAAAUUUUCAAUUCGAGGCAAAUAAUUUAAAUUCAUUAGGCCAAGGAAACUUCAAAAAUCUCGCAUCAACAGCUCUUCCCUCACUCAACAAAGUAACGUCAGGUCUAUCAUAUACCGAAAAUUCAUUCACAACUCUUUCCUUACCGAAACUAUCAGAAGUAGGUAGCACUCUUACGAUAUCUUCAAAUCCUCAACUUAAAUCCACAUCGUUUCCUGAACUUUCGCAUAUCGGCGAAGAUUUGAUUAUAGGAAAUAAUCAAAAUUUGGUCACGAUCGACGGCUUUGAUAAACUCGAUCAAAUUGAAGGGAAGGCGCAAUUAUCGGGUGACUUCUCAACUACACUCUUUCCUUCUUUGGAUACCGUUGGUCGUGGAUUGAAUGUCGAGUCUAGUUCUUCGAGCAUUAGAUGUAACGGAUUUGAUAAGUUACGUGUUGGAGGCGCGAAAGUAAAUAAUGUCGAUUGUUCUUUGAGCGCCGGAAAAAAGGAUCCGUCAAGUAUGCAAGAAAAUAAAACUAAUUCGAACGACGACUCAAACAAAGCCAAAUCCACAAAUAAUAGUACAAUUUCGGAUACGCAAGAGCCCGCUUCUGACAAUAAACAAGAUGUGCACAGUGAAGCCAAACAACAGCAACACGACGCUCACAUCAUGAAUGGUGCAAAUAAAAAUUAUCUGUUUGAACAUGUGAAAAUGAUUUUUGGUGUUUUUGUCGCUUUGUGUAGUUUAGAAUUAGCGUUAGUGCUAUAA